UAAAUUUUCAGGGAUACAGGCGAAUAGUACAAUAAUAGUGUUGAUAGUAAAAUUUUGCAUUUCGUUUUAUUAUAACAUCAAUCAUUGUUCUCAAACACAACAAUUAUUAAUUCCAUUUUGACAAUACAUUUUUUGUCUCACGCAGGUACCAAAGUUAUCGGCCGUGGUAUUUUAGCGGUAAAAUUUGAAUUACAUAUUGCAUGUUUUGACCGACGUAGACUACUUAACUUUUAUAAUUUCUGCGAGCACAAAAUUAAUUAAAUAUGUCCCGAAUUCGUGAAACGGUAAUCACAAACUGUGAAAGAAAGUUUUUGAUGAAGUGUUUAUCAGAUUGGACUAGGUUAGAUGGUCGUAGUUUUGAUGAAUUCAGACCCCUACGCGUAGAAUUUGGUAAAGAUUGGGGCAGUUGUUACGUCUCGUUAGGCAAAACACGUGUUUUAGCCCAAACGUCUUGCGAAAUUCAGCAACCAAAGUCGUCAAGACCUAGUGAAGGAAUUUUGAAUAUAAACAUUGAAUUGAAUCCAUUAGCCGCACCGCACUUUGAACCUGGUAGACAAUCUGAGUUAUCUGUGAGGCUGAAUAGAUUGUUAGAAAAAUGUGUGAAAGACUCUAAAGCGGUUGAUCUUGAAUCAUUGUGUAUUAAAACAAACGAAAAAGUUUGGGCUUUAAGGGUUGAUAUAAAUGUUAUUAAUCAUGAAGGGAACAUUUUGGAUUGUGCAUCUAUUGCAAUGUUGGCAUCGUUGGCGCAUUUUAGAAGGCCUGAUGUUACUUGUGAUGGAGAGGAGUUCAUCAUUCACAAUUAUCAACAAAGGGAUCCCAUUCCUACUGUGAUUCAUCAUUACCCAGUGUGUAUCACAUACUCAAUUUUUAAUGGAGGAGAAUUCGUAGUAGCAGAUCCUUCAUUAACUGAAGAAGGUUCAGCAGACGCCACAUUAACAAUAGGAUUAAAUGGUUUCAAAGAAUUGUGUGGUCUUCAUUUAGGUGGUAAAGCUGAAUUGAUGCCACAUGUAAUUCUCAAUACAGUGACCAAAGCCACACAUAGAGCAAAUAUAGUAAUUGAGGAGAUUAAAACAUCUAUAAAAAUUGAUAAUGAAGCAAGGACAAAAAAGUUACCAUUAGGUUUUCACACUGAGAGAAAAGGUGGCGCAAAUUCAGAUGUGUCUGAAAUUUCUUUACACCAUUGGCAAGAAAUCAAAAAGAGCAAGAAGAAAAAAAAUAAACAAAAACCUGUUGAACCAACAGAGAGUCCACAAAUUAAAGUUAUUGGUGAAGGAUUAGCAGUACAUGUCCCACAGGAAAAACCUGAUAGACAAGAAUCUUGGAUAGUCGAUAGUAGUGAUGAUGAUUUGAUGAUAGUGGAAAAGCCAAGAGAACAAAUACUUCUCCAUGACAGUGACAGUGAAGAAGAAAACGUAAUCAUCCUGGAUAGUAGUCAAAGAAAUGACUAGGAUUUUAUAAACUUUUAUUAUGUAAUUUACAAAUGCAAAUUUUCUCCUAAAAUUAAUUUUUCCAGAAAAUAACUUACAAUAAAAUUCGAUACUACUGAA